CAUUCGCGGCGCUAGCUGCAUUCGUGGUUUUGCGUCAAAAGCCAUAGUAUUUGGUAUUACAAACCUUCAGGACACAAAGUUGCAAACAACCAACCGUUUACCUUUUUACGAAAGUACUAGAAAUGUAACCGCGUAGCGAAGUGUUUUCUCCUGGAACAUGCGUGACUUUGAAACUCUCCAGAAUAUCUAGCUAGCUACGUAAGAAUUCCGCAGGGUCCUCGUGCUGAUACAAUAUCCUCCCUGGAUAUUGUACCUAGUUUCGUACCCUGCCAGUCUUCAGAGAAGCACACACUAGGUUAAUAGUCAGCGAACUAAGCAUAUGUAAAGUUAGUAACAUCGGUCUUUUGAUUAACCUUGCAACCUUGCUAUCUAUAACGUUAAAUUAAUUUAUUUAUUUACUUUUGUGAAAUUGGAGCACUAGGACCCAGAAGGCAUUUUUUUUGUUGCAUGCAGGGGUCGUUGCAACUCGCAAGGCAUACUGGGUAGGGUGGACAGUUCGGAAAAUAUGGCGACUUCCACUCUGAAGCUGUUGUCCUUUGGAAAAAAUGCUAAGGUUCUGCUGGCACCGCUGAGGGUGUCAGCGGUCCCUGCAUAUAGGUAUGGUGCUCUAGUUUCUACUUCGGGUGAGAAAAUUACUCACACGGGGCAGGUCUAUGAUGAACAAGAUGUGAGAAAAGCCAGAUUCGUAAACCGAGUGAAAGAGGUGAAUGAGAACUUUGCCAUUAAGCUCGUGGCAGAAGAGCCUGUGACCGAUGUGGAGGCGAGGGUGGUAUCGUGUGAUGGAGGUGGAGGAGCUCUUGGACACCCCAAAGUCUACAUCAACCUGGAUAAAGAGACACAAGCAGGCACAUGCGGUUACUGUGGGCUACGGUUCCAGCAGAAGCAUCACCACUGAAGCAUAGCUCAUCUUCUCCCUGUCUGUAAUCACUUUUUCUGGCUAAUAAAUUAUUUUUCUUCUCUUCAA